UUCACUCGAAAGAUUUACUGAUUUAGUUGUAGAAGUGGCUCGGAAACCUGUAAAUGAUUUUUGUCAAUGAGACUUCAAAUAACUUUGAAAAAGUUUCUGGGCACUGCUGUCACUUUUGCCUGAACAGCUGGAUAUCUCAUCAUUCCUUACUGAGGGUCUCUGGCAGAACAAGACUGGACUCCAGAGGAUGAAUAUGGAAAUACUCCUUUUGAUUCCGACGAUUAAGUGAUUUACUUUGAAAUAGCACAUGCCUGUUUCUCAGCAACAAAACUCUGUUAUGUGUUUUUCUUUUUAACCUCGGGCAGGACAACUGAUAUUCUAACUGAUUCCAGAUGUAGGGGUAAAAGAGCCGAGACACCGUACAAGUGACAUAACAUCAAAUUUGUUUGUUUCCAGCUCAUCCAUGCUAGUUAAUGUUUAAUCUCGAUAUGAUGUCUUAGGCGUGGUAGUGCUGCUCGACGCCUUCAGCAAUGCAUAUAAUGCCAAGGUUUGUGAGAAGGUACAGAGUCUAAAACAGGACAGCGAGAUCUCUUUGCUAGUCUCAUUGUUGGGGAUUUCUCAGAAGGACUAGACAUGGGGAAAGGAAUGGUUAUAUCCAAGACCCUGGCUGUCAUUAUUGGGAUCAUCACAAUUUCCUGCGUUUGUGGUGUGGUGUUGAUGCUUAUUGCAUACCAAGUUCAAAUAGGUAAAAAUGCUCCAGUGCGACCACCAACUCCAGAGCCUACUACGCCUAUUCCAACUCUGCCUCCAGGAACUCUUAGACUCCCUGAAUCUUUGAUUCCGGAGAGCUACAAGGUCGUCCUCCAACCGUACUUUUACACAGAGCUGCCUGAAAACGUUACGGAACAACCUAGAUUGGAUUUCAAAGGAACCUCGACUGUGAGGUUAAAGUGCGUCGAAGACACCUGGUUCAUCUAUCUUCAUGUACAGGGCCUCAAUGUAACAGACGUGAAAGUGAAAGAUAUGAAUCAUACUAACAAAAUAGAAGUGAAUGACUAUGAAAUAUAUUCUGAUGAAAGUAAUUUCCUUAAGAUUGAGGUCGAUAGUAAAUUGAAAAAUGGGAGCCACUACGAGGUUUUCACUGCUUUUGAAGGGAUACUUCAUGAGGACUUGUCUGGAUUGUACAUGAGUCGUUACACAGAAAAAGAUGAAGAUGAAGAUAAAGAGAGAUUCCUUGUCACCAGCCAGAUGCAGCCCACAGAUGCCAGACAAGUAUUUCCAUGCUUUGAUGAGCCAGCAUUGAAGGCUGUGUUUAAUAUUACCAUUAUCCACAGAGAAGGGUCUACAGCCAUCUCUAAUUCCCCAUUUGUGGAAUCAAACAAUGAGAAAAUAGAUGGAGAGAAAUGGACUGUAACUACAUUUCAUCCUACCCCUGUUAUGUCAACAUAUCUAUUGGCUUUCACUGUAGCUAAUUUUGCCUGGAAAACGCAAAAUGAGAGAGUAAAAAUUUGGACAUACGCUCGACCUGAAGCCAUUAAAGAAGGACAUGCUGAUUACGCAUCAGAAAUAGCAGGAAAGAUUCUGAAUUUCUAUGAGAAAACUUUUGAAUUGAGAUACCCACUGGAAAAACUAGAUCAAAUUGCUGUGCCAGACUUUGCUGCUGGCGCGAUGGAAAACUGGGGUUUAAUUUCGUAUCAGGAGUCAGGACUGCUGUUUGAUAAAAAUACAUCAUCUAACUUUGAUAAAGAAUGGGUGGCUACUCUGAUUGCUCAUGAGUUUGCACAUCAGUGGUUUGGAAACCUUGUCACAAUGAGGUGGUGGAAUGAACUGUGGCUCAAUGAAGGAUUUGCAACAUAUAUGUCAUACAUGGGACUGGAAGCUGCUGGUUGGGACUUAAAAGAUUUCAUUGUUCUCAAAGAAAUCCAGGUCGCUUUUCAGGUAGACUCCUUGAACUCUUCCCAUCCUCUGAGUUUACCUGAAAAUGAGAUUCAAACAUACUCUGACAUCAUAGACCUUUUUGAUGACAUCACCUACAGCAAGGGCGCUGCUGUGUUGAGAAUGUUGUCUAAAUACAUAGGAGAAGAAACAUUUAUGAAUGGGAUUAAAGCGUAUCUUCGUAAGUUCCAGUAUAUGAGCCCUGUGUCUACAGAUCUUUGGGAAUGUCUGGAUAAGGAGAAAGCAAAAGAUGUGGCAGCCUUUAUGAGCACGUGGAUUGAGCAGGUGGGAUACCCAGUGAUCACUAUCGACACCCGGACUGGUGAGGUCUAUCAGGAACAGUUUUUACUGAACCAGACAGAGGGCCAUAGUAUUCCAUGGCAUAUUCAUAUUAUGCAUAUUAAUUCUGACAAUAAAGAGAACGAGUAUAUAAUGACACAAAAAGGUCCAGUAAAGCAUGCAAAUUUUAAAGUUCCUGAAGAUGUAUGGCUUCUAGCUAACAUCAACUGUUAUGGAUUUUACCGUGUGAACUACGAUGAAGGAAACUGGAAAAAACUUCGUAUGCAACUUGAAAGUGAUCAUUAUGAGAUUCCAGUCAUCAACCGAGGGCAACUCAUUGAUGACGCAUUUAAUCUUGCAAGGGCUGGACGCCUCAAUGUCACUAUAGGACUAAGUUUGACAAAAUACAUGAAGAAUGAAACUGAAUAUAUUCCUUGGGAGUCAGCGCUAAGAAACCUGGACUAUUUCAUCCUCAUGUUUGAUCGCUCUGAGGUCUACGGUCCUAUAAAGAAAUACCUUCGUGACCAAGUCGAACCACUAUAUGAGAGCUUUCAGAAAUACAAUGGAAGCAUUCCUGAUAGCCACACUGAACAGUAUUGCCAGGUCACUGCAAUUUCAGUUGGUUGCAGCAAUGGCCUUCCUGAGUGCCAGACAAUGGCUCUAAAUCUGUUUAGAGAUUGGAGAGGCAUAAAUGGCACAAAUGAAAUUCAUCCAAAUUUAAGGAGAGACAUCUAUUGCAGUGCAAUAGCAGCGGGUAAUGAAGAGGAUUGGGAGUUUGCAUGGGAAGAAUUUCAACGGGCUACAGUCGCCGGCGAGAAAGACAAACUGAGAUAUGCCCUGUCCUGUACCAAAGAAAUCUGGUUGCUAAACAGAUACCUUCAGUAUACUCUUGAUCCUACCAAGAUAAGAAAGAUGGAUGUUGUCUCUACCAUAAACUACAUUGCCAAAAAUGUUGCCGGGCAGCCUCUUGCCUGGAAUUUUGUUCGUGGCAAGUGGUUUUAUCUGACACAAGAGUAUGGAGCUGGAGUCAUAUCUUUCAGCAGUCUGAUAGAUAGCGUGACAAAGAGAUUCUCCACAGACUUUGAACUUCAACAGUUGCAGCAGCUACAGCGCGAGCAGGAAGAGAACGGCCAGGAGCUUGCAUCUCGCACUUUGGAGCAGGUCAUUGAACGGACAGAGGCUAAUAUUAAAUGGGUGAAUGAAAACAAGCAGAUUGUAAUGGACUGGUUCACUGCAGAGAUGAACCACUGAGUUUUGUAGGUCUGUAUAUUCUGCGCAUACACGGUGGAGCCAUUACAAUGAAAAACAGAUGUAAAGGCAUUCCAUAAUGAUGGCAACACCCUCCUGUGGUUCUGUCAUGGCUUUUAACAAAAUAAGAUGUCCAGAAGGAUAUUACUCAAAGUGCAAUUUUGAAAUGGCUACAUAACACAUUACCAGUGUUAAAUAAGCAAACACCAAAUUGAUUGUGUAUACGAGAGAAAAGGUCGAAAUCAAUAUGCACAGUCCUUAGGGGCAGCUUAAUUUAUUAUUUUUACUAUGAUUAAGAUUAGCAAAGUUUAUAUUACUAACUUAGUAUUGUUUACAGUGAUAAAAUCACUUUAAAAAAAGCAUAUAUAAAGUCAUAAAGCACAAAUGGCAGAAAGAUAUUGUAUAUGGCUAUAAUUUUGUAAUUUUAUUAUAUGUAUACAGUGUGUUAGUUUAUUAUAAAAGAAAGUAUUUUGAAACAGUAUAUGUUGUUUAUAAAACCAAAGUUAAUUUUGUUGAUCACUGUGAUAAUGAAAACAAUGCCACAUGUUGUUUACCCAAAGCAUUUGUCAAUCUUCUAAAUAAUCAAAUAAAGUGCUGUCUUCUUACACAA